AUGGCCGAAGGAUCAAAGGUGUUCAAGAAGACCAGCCCAAACAGCAAGUUGUCCAUUUACCUGGGGAAGAGAGACUUUGUGGAUCAUGUGGAGUGCGUGGACGCUGUAGAUGGCGUCUGCUUGAUUGACCCUGAGUACCUAAAGGACAGGAAAGUGUACGUGACACUGACGUGCGCGUUUCGCUACGGCCGCGAUGACCUCGACGUCAUCGGCUUGACCUUCAGGAAGGACCUCUAUGUCCUGACCACGCAGAUCUUCCCUCCGGUGCCGGACCAGGUGCCCAAAACGCUCACCCUCUUGCAGGAGAAGCUGCUGAAGAAGCUGGGCGAGAAUGCCUACCCCUUCACCUUCGAGAUUGCGCCCAACCUGCCCUGCUCCGUCACCCUCCAGCCCGGACCGGACGAUGUUGGGAAGGCCUGUGGAGUGGACUUCGAGGUCAAAGGAUUUUGUGCUGAAAACCUGGAGGAGAAAAUACACAAGAGGAACUCCGUGCGGCUCAUCAUCCGCAAGAUCCAGUACGCGCCCCUGAAAACAGGGCCCGCGCCCAAGUCGGAAACCACCCGGCAGUUCAUGAUGUCCGACAAGCCCUUGCACCUCGAGGCCUCGCUGGAUAGAGAGAUCUACUACCACGGAGACCCCAUCAACGUGAAUGUCAACAUCAAUAACACCACCAACAAGAUCGUGAAGAAGAUCAAGGUCACAGUGGACCAGAUCACGGAUGUGGUCCUCUAUUCCCUGGACAAGUACACGAAGACUGUGUGCAACGAGGAGUUCAACGAGAACGUGGCAGCCAACUCCACCUUCUCCAAAACCUACUCGGUGACGCCCACGCUCGCGGCCAACCGCGAGAAGCGCGGCCUGGCGCUGGACGGCAAGCUCAAGCACGAGGACACCAACCUGGCCUCCACCACCAUCCUGAGGCCCGGCAUGGACAAGGAGGUGCUGGGGAUCCUGGUGUCCUACAAAGUGAAGGUCAACCUGGUGGUGUCCCGAGGAGGCAUCCUGGGGGAUCUCACUUCCAGUGACGUCGGUGUCGAGCUGCCCGUCAUCCUGAUGCACCCGAAGCCUUCGGAUGGUGAGUGA